AUGUCAUCAAAGACAAGAUACUACUUGGAACAAUGUAUUCCAGAAAUGGACGAUUUAGUAGAGAAGGGUCUCUUCACCAAGAAUGAGGUCUCUCUAAUAAUGAGAAAGAGAACAGAUUUCGAACAUCGUCUGAACUCUAGAGGGUCCAGCAUAAACGAUUACAUGAAAUAUAUCGUUUACGAGACUAACGUGGAUAAAUUGCGUCAGAAACGUGUGAAAAGGAUCUUGCAGAGUUCAAGAUCUAAUUCGUUAUCCGAUUGGUCCAUUCAACAAAGAAUCACCUUUAUUUAUCAAAGAGGGACUAAUAAGUUUCCUCAGGAUUUGAAAUUUUGGGCUAUGUAUUUGAAUUUCUUAAAGACUAGAGGUGCAAAGACUUCUUAUAAGAAGAUUCAUAAUGUUUAUAACCAAUUAUUGAAAUUACAUCCUAAUAAUGUGGAUAUUUGGAUUAGUUGUGCCAAGUAUGAAUAUGAAGUACAUGCCAAUUUCAAGAGUUGUAGAACUGUCUUCCAGAAUGGGUUGAGAUUUAACCCUGAUGUGGCUAAAUUAUGGUAUGAGUAUAUUAAAUUUGAAUUGAAUUUCGUAACUAAAUUGAUUAAUAGAAGAAAAGUUAUGGGGUUGAUCACUGAAAGAGAACAAGAAUUAGACAUGUUGAACGAACAAAAUGAUGCUGCUCAUGAAGAUGAGGAAAAGGCAACUUCCUUGCAAGCUCCCUCCACAGGUGAUAAUAUGAAGGAUAAAUUAAAUGACUUACCUGAGGCUGAUAUGAGUAUGUUGGGGAAUGAAGAAACAAACCCUGCAUUGCGUGGUGACAUUGCCCUAGCCAUCUACGAUCUUGCCAUGAAGACCUUAAGUAAACAUUAUAUUAAUAAGCACAAAGGUUACUAUGCAGUAUCGGAUGAUGCUACCAAUAAGGAACUACAAAAGGAUGCAUUACUAUUUUUAUUUGAAAAAUCUACAGAAUAUAUUAAAUUAUUUGAUGCCUUUACUGAUUUACAAAGAGAUCAUUUAAUUAAUCAUGUCUUACAAUUCUGGAAAAACGAAAUAUCACAACCUUUACAAGAACAAUUGGCUGACAUAUAUGUAUCCAUCAUUAUAAUGGAUAUUACCUUAAAUAUUAGGUACAUGACCUUAGAGACUUUGGAUGUUGAUCAAUUACAAUUAUCUGUGAAGAAAUAUUUCGCAUACAAAGAAAAAUUUAAUAAGAAGUUGGUAAAUUCUUUGCAUUCACGCUAUAGAGAUUAUCUUCAAGACACAUUCUUGAAAAACAUGGAAGAAAGCGAUCCAAAGUUCAAUAUUUUGACAAUGGUGGUAAAGAAACUAUAA